GUUCCAGUGCUACUGUCUUAGCCAUGUUGGACAGCUACACAUUUGAAAAUGUUAGCCAUCUCCGAUAGGCAACGCUUUGCCCUCACAAUCCUCGCCCUGGCCACAAUAUCGCUCACUGUAGCGCUCAGUGGCACCAGUUUAAGCAAUGCUCUCCCUGUGAUCACCAGCCAAUUCCACGGCACAGACGUGCAGGCCUUCUGGUCCGGCACGUCAUAUCUCCUCUGCUCUGCCGUCUUUCAGCCCCCAUUUGCCAUCUUUUCUCAUACUUUCGGACGAAAGCCGUUGUUCAUUCUUGGCGCCCUGCUCUACCUGGCUGGGGCUGCCGUUGCCACAGGCUCUGGAUCUUUUAGCGUCCUUCUUGCUGCUCGCUCGAUUCAGGGUUCAGGAGGGGGGGGAUUGCUCACCCUGUCGGAGAUUCUCAUUGCAGAUUUGGCACCGUUAAGAGAGCGUGGGAAAUGGCUUGGCCUGUUGAGUAUGAUGUGGGCUGUAGGCUGUGUCAGUGGGCCUAUUGUCGGCGGUGCUCUUGCUCAUGAGAAAUCAUGGAGAUGGAUCUUUGCCUUGAACCUCCCGCUUGCCAGUGCUUCACUCAUUCUGAUCUUCAUUUCUCUGAAAUCCUGCCGACCUCAGACAAUGCAAGGAGAUGGUGAGAGUGUUAAGAAGCAGCUUGCCCACAUAGACUGGAUCGGCUUCGCCAUUUUCAUACCUUCGAUGGCUAGCUUUCUCAUCCCAGUGACCUGGGGCGGGGAGAUGUUUCCCUGGUCCAGUUGGCACACGUUGGUGCCUCUGUUGGUCGGGGCAAUGGGACUGAUUGUGUUUGUGAUUUAUGAGAUGUUCAUUGCAACAGAGCCCUUUUUAUUGAGAAGUAUUUUCCGUCAUUGGAAUACGAGAUUGAUUUACUUUCAGACAUUCGUGCAUGGAAUCGUGGUCUGGUGUCUUCUAUACUACCUCCCCCUCUACUACCAAGCAGUCCAGUCCUUCUCCCCCCUGAUGUCCGGCGUCGCCCUCCUCCCAGAAACAUUCACCAUCAGUAUUUCCGCCGGUCUCGUUGGACUGCUGAUCAGCAUCACCGGCCACUACCGCGGCACUCUCUGGGCAGGCUGGGUCAUCACAACAGCCAGUCUCGGACUGCUCACUCUGCUAAACGUCGACACUCCGACCUACGAAUGGGUUCUUAUCAAUCUUGUCGUCGGUCUAGGAACCGGAUCCCUCUUCACCAGCACCAAUCUUGCAGUCCAGGCGAAUAUUCCCCCGGACCAAGUCUCGCAUGCGCUGGGUUUCUUUGCGUUUUUCCGCUCCUUGGGCCAGUCCAUUGGUGUUGCUGUCGGAGGGGCCACAUUCGAUAAUAUAUUCCAGCAAAAGCUGGAUAAAAAUGCUGGUCUCGCUGCGUUGACGGCGAAGCUCAGCACUGGAGCGGCGGCGAUGGUUCAAUCCUUGAAAGCGAUUCCGGAUCAGGAGCCACGCAAAUCGGAGCUGAUCCAGGUGUAUGCGGAUGCGUUGAGUAUGCUGUGGCCGGUGAUGUGUGCUUGCUCGGGGGCGGCGUUGUUGGUGAGUUUGGCUGUCAGGUCUUAUAGCCUAGGACCUGGUAAUGUAACCGGAAGGGAAGAAUCCGGAUCUAAUGGGGAUGUUGAAUCGAUGGAACCGAAACAGGAAGUGAUGGAGAAGUCGUGAUGAUUGAAUACUACAUGCUAGAUCAAGUAUUAAAUGUUCUUAUAUACAUUUGUCCAAGCGUUUCACUAGGCCUUCCAUGUUUCCCCUCCUAUCACAGCAAUCCUCAUCGCAUCCAAAAGGUUCUUAGCCACAUUAGAAUGACUAUACAGUCCACCCGCAAACAUGUCUGUUGCAUCCUUCCCAAUUGCCCCAGUAAUUAUCAUCGGACCCCCUGGAUGCUCCGCCACAAAAUUCGAGACAUCAUGAACAAUCCCCUUAAUGACGACCAGAUUACACCCCGUUCUCGCUCUCUGUCGAUACUCUUCCCACUCCAUAGUAGGCAAUGCGGCAACUGGCAACCCCCAAUCUACUAGCUGACAAUCCCUUUCCAGCCUUUCCCGC